AUGUUAAAGAUUAUAAAAUCAAUGUCAAAAAAGUUAAAAUUGGAUAAUAUGGUUAAAAUUUGUACACAUUCAGGAUCAUUCCAUGCCGAUGAAUCAUUAGCAGUAUAUUUAUUAAGAUUAUUACCACAAUUUUCAAAUGCAGAAUUAAUAAGAUCAAGAAAUACAGAAGAUUGGGAAAAAUCAGAUAUUGUAGUUGAUGUAAGUGGAAAGUAUGAUGGUAAAAAAUAUUUUGAUCAUCAUCAAAGAGAAUUUAAUACUACUUUUAAUGAUAAAUAUAGUACCAAAUUAUCUUCAGCUGGAUUAAUUUAUAAACAUUUCGGUAAAGAUAUAAUACAAGAAGUAUUAAACUUAUCAAGUGGUGAUAAAAAUGUUGAUUUAUUAUAUGAUAAAAUUUAUAAAGAAUUUAUUGAAAGUUUGGAUGCAAAUGAUAAUGGUAUAAAUAAUUAUCCAAAAGAUGUUGAUCAAAAAUUUAAUGAAAAAAAUAUAACAUUACCAUCAAUGGUUGCAAAAUUAAAUCCAAGAUGGAAUGAAAGUUGUAAAGAUGAAGAUUUUGAUCGUCAAUUUUUGGUUGCUAGUGAUUUAAUGGGUAAAACAUUUAUAAAUUUAUUGGAAGGGUAUGGUAAAGGUUGGUUACCAGCAAAAUCAAUUGUUGAAACUGCAUUUAAUGAUAGAUUUAAUAUUGAUAAAUCUGGUGAAAUAAUAGUUUUAUCACAAUUUUGUCCAUGGAAAGAGCAUUUAUAUGCAAUCGAAAAAAAUAACAAUGCAGAAGGAUCAAUAAAAUUUGUACUUUUCAAAGAUUCAAGCGGGAAAUGGAGAAUUUCAACAGUUAGUGUUACAUCAAGUUCUUUUGAAUUUAGAAAAGGUAUACCUGAACAAUAUAGAGGGUUAAGGGAUGAAGAAUUGAGUGAAAAAACUGGAAUUGAAGGUUGUAUAUUUGUUCAUGCUGCAGGUUUUAUUGGUGGUGCUAAUACUGAAGAAGGAGUUUUAAAAUUAGCUAGAUUAUCUUUACAAACGGAGUAA